AUGCAUCUUAUUGUGUUGGGUAACAGUGGUCCAUGUUUAGACUCGAUGGGGUCUGUAAGAUCCACGACAUUAUCGACUGAUAGAGUUGCCGACCACUGNAUUGUUAAUUCAAUAAUUAAUCGAUUGCCUAUUGAAAUGCAUGUUCCAGGGUAUCAGUAUUGCGGACCAGGCACAAAACUUAAUAAAAAACUAGCACGUGGUGAUCCUGGAAUAAAUAAACUCGAUGCAGCUUGUCGUGAACAUGAUAAUGCGUACGCAAGAACAAAUGAUUUAUCAGAACGGCAUUUGGCUGAUUACGAGUUGGAAAAACGUGCUUGGGACCGCGUAAAAGCAAACGAUAGUUCAUUUGGAGAAAAGGCUGUUGCGUAUGCUGUUACAAAUACAAUGAAAGCUAAAAGAAAAAUUGGAAUGGGCUUUGGUGGUGUACUGCGAGUUGGACGUAAAGCUAUGCGUAAUUCAAAAGAUAUUAACAGUGCGGCAAACUUGGCAUUAGCGGCAGCUCGUGUUGCUGUAAAGAGCAAAGAAAAAUUUAAAACACCUCGCACUAUCAAAGUACCUAAAUUUGGUGGUGUGCUGCCACUCAUUCCUAUUUUUGCUGGACUUUCAGCUUUAGGGUCGUUGGCUGGUGGAGUAUCGAGUAUUGUAAGAGCUGCACACGAAGUUAGAAAAAACGUAAAUUCGAAUAAACCAGUGAAAAUCGGUAAUGCAUUAUACUUGCAUCCAUAUACUGGGAAAAAGAAGGGUGGUGGAUUCUAUUUGAAACAUCAAAAAAACUAGCAUUGACACUAC